UAACUCUUGUAGAAUAUUAGAUAAAAUAUAUAUAGAUUAUUAGCAAAAUAUGAACACGAUAAGGAUGGAAGCAACGUAUGGUUAAAAGAAAAGAUUACAAAUAGUGAAGUCAAAAAACGGGAAUAUAUAUCUAAUAAUGAAAAAGGAACUAAAAGUGAAAACAAAUAAUCAAAUGAAACUUUAUUAAAUAAGGCAAAAUAUUUUACAGAAGUUAUAGAUUAUAAUAAUGGAAUGUUUAACGGAAAACAUUUCCUUUUUAAAAUAAUUGAAUCUAAAAAAAAGACUAUGAUCAUUUUUACUGAAAAAAACAGGAGAAUUAGUAAUAUAUCUUUAAAAUAAAUUAAAUUUAGAAGUUACGCAUUUGGAGUUUUCCUAUUUUUUAAUUUGUUCUUGUUAGAUAUAGCAAUAUCGAAAACAAUUGAAUAUUCCUUAAAUUGAAAUUGAAAAAAACGAGUUUUACAAGAAUUUUGCAAAAGUCUCAGCAAACACAUUUUCACAGGUAAUAAUACUAUAUUAUUUAGCAUAAUUAUGGUUAUAUUAUCAGUUAUACAUAUAGUAGCUAUUUGUAUGAUUUUAUAAAAUAUUGAAAAAUAUAAAAGAAAUAUGUUAAUGACUGACUAA